AUGUACGACCGCGUCAAAGCUGUAGAGGCCAAAGCCUCCAUUGACUCUGCGGCGCGACAGCAGGCGGAGCGAGCCAUGGGCGCUCUCGAGAAGGAAAUGACAGCGUUGCAGGCGAUGGUGGCCAAAUCCCAGCCCGACCCAUCUGAGCAUAUGCGCGUCGAGGACUUGGAGAAAGAACUUCGCCAGAAACAUGAGAAGAUGAUUGAGAUGGUCUCCGAGUUCAACACACAGCGUGAAAGUCUCCUAGCUGAUGUAAACAGGUUGGUUGACCAAACGAGACAAAUCCAGCAGGAUGUCACGGCACGGAGCAUCUCGAUCACAGAAGAGCCUAUCGUGCCCAGUGAGGACCUGGUCACGUAUCCAGGCGAGGCUGCAGCAAAAGUAGCUACAACGGCAAUGGUGCCAGAGAAAAGCGUGGAAGCAGAAAGUAUCGAACCAGCUCCUGCAGACGAUAUCUCCACUGCUUCAGAGAGUGGAAGCGAACCUGAGAGUCCCAGAAACAAGGGGCUCACCGUCGAUAGGACAUCGACGGAGAAGGCCAGAUCUGCAAAUGACAAUGUGGCGGAGCCAAACAAAGUCGACAAAGUCACAGGACGAAAGCUUAGAAGAACAUCUUCUCUGGGACCGGUGCAGUCACCUACAAGGUGGACUCUAAGGAGCGCAGCAGGGGUGAAAUCACGGGAGGCCACUGCAACAGGCGUAAAAUUGGCGAAACCAGUCAAGCCGCUUCGGAAACAGGAUACAAGAUCAAAGGUCCAUCAUCGCCUCGCCGCUAAAUCAGUCGAGCGUCGGACUACAGAGAGGAAUCAAGUCAUUAAGCAGAAAGCUUCUGACGGUCGACUACGUCGCCUGGCAUUUACCAGAUUUGCAAAGUUCAUCGACGCAAAAGCCAGAGCAGAGGAGCCGCCAACCACCCAUGCCCACAAACUGCUUAUCUGGGAGUUCAUUGACGGCCUGGAGGACAAGGAAAUGUCUUCCUUUGUACAGAGCAUGUUACUGAGAACGUUCCCGGAACUGGUCGUCCCCUCCAAGGGCCGGGGCAAGCCCUUCCGCCGCAUUAUCCUCGAGGGGCGACUAGAGUGGUACCAAGUACUGGAGGCUAUCAAGAGCAUGCCAGUUCCUCCUUUCUUCCUGGAUGAGACUUGA